AAUCUGAACCAGUUAUCAGCUGACACAAGAAGGAUUAUUAUAAAGGAAGGACCUCUAGUCUCUCUCUCUCUCUCUCUUCAUAGCAACAUUAUCACAGUGUAUAUGCAAUAAUGUCCUCUUCAAUGCUAAGCUCUAUAAGCUUAUUGGCUGCUCUUCUCUCCCUCACUGCAGCAAGUAGUAACUUUGGUGUAUACAACAGUACAGUAAAGCCUAUCUGGGUCCCUGGGUUCAAGUCUUGCAACUACAGAGACCAAACAUUCGAGAUUGGUGAAAAAUUCAAUCCUUCCAUUACUGUGAAUGAGAAAUUGGUCAAAAACACCUGCUCAAUCUGCACCUGCCAGCCAACAUCACUGGUCCAGUGCACACAAGUUAUUUGCCCAAAACUGAAUUGCUCCAAUUAUAUCAAACUGCCAGGAGAAUGCUGCAGUCGUUGUAUAAAUGUUACACUGGGUGAUGAUGAUCAUCAAUGUGUUGUAGAUAAUGUGACUUAUGAACAUGGAGAUAUUUUUCAUCCAGUACACAGAAAUGAUGGGUCUAACCCCUACUGUAUGAGCUGUCAAUGCAAUAAUGGUACUGCUCAAUGCCAAGAUGUUAAGUCAAGUUGUCCAGAGCCAGUUGGUUGUUCAGAGGAAAAUCAAUUUGUUCCAGAUGGUCAUUGUUGCAAAACAUGCCGGCUUCCCAAUACUGAAAAAGGAGAAUGCUUCGAUGCAUUUAAUAAUAUUCGUCAAAAGAAUGAAACCUGGUCACCAGAACUAAAUGGGAUAAUUUUGUGCAGCACUACAUGCCAAUGCAAAGAUUCAAAGAUUAGAGCUGUUUGCUUAGAGAGACAAUGCCCUGUUCCACCUGCAUGCAAACCAGGUGAAUUCCCUCGCACUGUUAACUGCUGUCCCACUUGCUCAUUUGAUAACACUGCUCCUCCUCCUGCACUCAGUGGAUCCGGACCUACUCCUCCUCCCUGCAACGGCACUAAAUAUACUCAUAAGGUAUACUUGUGUCACGAUGAUACUGGAAUGGCAAUAGAAGACACUAGAAACAACACUGUACAGUUCUACAAUUGGAUAAAUGCUGGAGUAAAGAAUAUACAAUACAUGACAUCGGAUGAAUUCAAUAACAGCCCUUGUGCAAAGAAGAGUGUUGGAAUGGCUUUACAAAGAAGAGUCAAUGGGUUGACUGCUAGGGAAAGCAAGGUCAAAAAGAUUAACAAUUGCAAGAUUCAUUGUGCUAAAAUGGUUGUUGACAUGCUGAGACCAGUGCAAAAUUGUGGCAUGCAAUAAUAUCAAUUAAACAAAUGAUGAUGUCCGCUAUCAAAAAUAACUGAUUGUAAAUUAUCAUUAUUAUCAUUAUUAUUAUUAUUAUUAUUAUUAUUAUUGUUUAUGAUUAUGAUUAUUAAUACAAUAUGAGACACUUAACCUAAGUUUUGGCUUCAUAAUAUUUACCUUAAUCAAUCUCUCUUUAACUUA